UGCACGCAGCGCGAACGGCGUUAAUUAAUGUCAAAGUUAAUUUUAUACUAGUCAAUCGUCCAGAAAGCUAGUCAACGUCAUCCGAUUGCACAGAAUCUCUCAGAAUCACCCGGAAUCUCGUCAAGAAGAAUGAUUUUAUCGAACAAGUCGAUCGGUUCGGAAGGAUCGAUGAUAAUCAGAGAUAGCAUGAGGUUGGCCGGAAAUCACGAAGAUACGCUGGCCUCCGAAGGUAGAUGGGAGAAUUACACGGGACCAAUCGCCGAAUAUUUGCAGCAGGAAAAUUGUUCGACGGUCAGGCGGGAUCCGUUGUACAUCGUUUUACCGAUCACGGUGAUCUAUGCGGUGAUCUUCCUCACCGGAUUAAUCGGCAAUGUGUCCACUUGUGUUGUGAUCGCGCGUAACAAGUCGAUGCACACGGCCACCAACUACUAUCUGUUCAGCUUGGCCGUUUCUGAUUUACUGCUACUGAUAUCCGGCCUGCCUCCAGAGAUGUACUACAUCUGGUCGCAUUUCCCGUACGUGUUUGGCGAGGCGUUCUGCAUUAUUCAAAGCUUCGCCGCGGAGACGUCCGCGAAUGCCACCGUUCUGACCAUCACCGCCUUCACCGUUGAAAGGUACGUCGCGAUCUGUCAUCCUUUUAUCUCGCACACGAUGUCGAAGCUGUCCCGGGCAGUGAAAUUCGUCAUAGUAAUUUGGCUGCUGGCGCUAUGCCUGGCCGUGCCACAGGCUGUUCAAUUUGGCAUCGUUUACGACUAUCGCAACGGCUCGGUAGUCCUGGACUCGGCUCAAUGCUCCAUCAAGUGGUAUCUGAUGAAACACGCCUUCGAGAUAUCCACCAUGCUGUUCUUCGUCCUGCCAAUGACCAUCAUCACCGUUCUCUAUGUACUGAUCGCGAUCAAGUUAAGACGAUCCAGACUGUUGUCAGCUACUGCGAAGAGGAACCAUUUAUCAGCUGGAUCCAUUCACGGCGAUAGCGGAAGAGGAAAAAGCGCCGCGCAGAGGAACGUUAUCCGAAUGCUGGUUGCAGUAGUAGUGGCGUUCUUCAUCUGUUGGGCACCGUUCCACGCUCAAAGGCUGUUGGCUGUGCAUGCAAAGAAUACGACUGAACCGAAAGACGCGUUAGUAGUAGUCUACACCAUCCUCACGUACAUGUCCGGAGUGUUUUAUUACCUUUCCACGACAGUGAAUCCACUGCUCUACAACAUCAUGUCCAACAAAUUUAGGGAGGCUUUCAAGUCGAUGCUGUCGAAUCACUGCGGGCGGAAGUGGUCCUCCCGCAAGUCAGUACCACGACAGCCGACGUACAGUAGCCUUUCGAGGUACGCGAGGUCCACGUUCAGGCAGACGGAUGAUCGUCAGAAUUCGCCGUCGAUCUCCGUUAGCGACGACAACCAAAAGCUGAGAACGACCAAUACCACCGAACUUACCGGAUUAAACGGUCGAAAGGACAAUGGACGAAACCAGUUCGACUCUGUGGCGAAUAAGAUCGAUCAUCGAGAAUACAGCAGAAGCGUAUCCAGAGGAUCGAAUUCCAGUCAGUUUACCCUGAUGUCGUCCGUUAGUAAAAGUUUCAACGAAGGCAACAAUAACGUGACUGCGACUUAUGUGAACAUUCAAAGAGCACCGAGAGUUGUCACGCUCGGGAUACUCGCCGGCAGAUUGAGAUUAGGAACCAAAGAGCUAUUUUCACCUCAACAGAAGAUCGUAACUAGUUCGGCGCCGAAACCGGAAACAAGGACAGUGGCACCGCAAUUCCAAAGUCAUCCGAGUAUAGAGAGCGCAAACAAUAUCAGUAACUCUAGUUUAAAGGACUAUGAUGAGACAGAGUUUACUGGUAUGGAAUUGGCACGAUACAUGGGUGAACUGAACUGUGACUUAAUCACUUAACGUCGUUUAAGGAGAAGCGCCCCUUCGUCGAACGAGCGAAGCAUAAAUACUUAAUGAACUAGAGAAAAAAGUUGAGAAAUUGAGGCUUUGAAGUAAGAAUAUGUGUAUGCGAAUUUCUAUAGGCAACAGUCAGGAGAAUCUGAGAAAGAAGAACUUAAGACUUGAAAUUUAAACAAAGAUACUGAAUAUGUAUGUCUUUUAAGAAAAGGGUAUUUGUAAAUCUUAUAUUGUAACCGAACAGCAGGGGAUCUACGAACAAGCUGAUGUAAAUCAUAUUAUUAGUCUGGCAUAAAUGCUUCCCCAGUGUAUUGCAAAAACGCCCACAAUGAAAAGAUCCAAGAUCAUCGAAAUUUAAUAUUAUCAAUUAACACUACUGUGUUGUAUACGCCCUUUCCGCGUGUUCAUUGAUCCUUUUCGCGCACGCAAACAUCAUUAUAAAUCACUGAAACGGUGAAAACUGUAAGAAAACGAUUUCAUGGUUCAUUUUUCGUAAACAUCAGCGCUUAAACAAAUUUUCUAAGAAUAGAUACAGGAAGAAAUUGAAUAAUACCGUGAAAACAUGAUCUCAGACGAUUUCAAAUUUAAUUAAGAGUAAAUGUUAUUAUAGCGAUACUAAACAUAGAGCAAGGUCAUUUGGAAAUUACAGAAAAUCGUGUAAUAUUUUAAGGAAACAUCGUUCAUAGGUAAUACAGUGCGAAUUGAUUAUGUAAUUAAUUAUGAAAUAUGCUUUGUACAUUCUUGUACUUCAUUUCGCUGAAAAUACAAGUUCACUGCUUCGCAAUUACAAAAGAAAAACUCUUGAAUAAAUAUAAGCGAUAUUUAUUUUUCUACUCAUAUCAUACAUAACAAUUUGUAAAAACCAUUCAUCUAUCUCAUCUAUGCUUUCAUAAACGUGACGUGAAAUUUGUAUAAAACAUUAAAUGUAAAAGAAUCUGCAAGUACACUUGCAAGGAAAUAAACCAAUCAAGUCCUGUUGAACUCUAAAGCACGUAGAAAGUCUCUAAGCUUAAAACAUGCUUUUGGGUCGGCUGUCGAGAUAAGCUUUGAUGUUGGGUAGUGACCUGACUUUCUCUACCAAUUUCUUCAGUUCAGGGUGGUCUUUGUUGAUGUCGGUUUGCAGCAUGUUGGACAAGGUUUCCGAUUG